CUAGCUAUAGGUUGAGGAAGUGUAGGUACUAGUUCUCUGUUUGCAGGCCGGACUAUGUUGUUAAUCCGGCCACAGUCACUUCAGCAAGCAGAAUCAUGUGGGAAAGACAUUAUCUCCUUUCUACUUUUGUCGCCUCAUUCAUUCGGCUUCUACUGCGCGCGAAGGGAGAAGCAUGGUAUGUGAACUGUCAUCUCAGGCAUACAGUUAUAAGGCGAACGUUUCAAGCUCUGAAAAUCCGCUAUUACUAUGUAUAUGAAGGAUUUAUGCACAAAUUCGGUAUCUGGACUCUGAACGAUACUUACCUUUCACUGAUGACGAUGCCCAACUGGAAGCUGUAGGAAGAUGAUACCGCUAUGUUUUUCAAACCACACCAACUUACGAGAUCGUUGUGGUAUGUGCUCACACACCGCUUGUGCGAAGCAAAGCAAGAGAGACAGGAUUCCAGCAAAUGCGUCACUUUGUGUCUGGAAAAUUGUUCCCAAGA